AUGGCGUUGGUGACGAUGAAGAGGAAAAGGGACUCGGACGCAGCAACGUCCUCGUCGACGAGUGGAGGUAACGAGUCACUGGGAGCUGAAUUCGAUGUGUUGUUGAGUUUUAGAGGGCCGGACACUCGCCUUAAUUUUACCGAUCACCUCUAUCACUCCCUGAAUGGAGCUGGAAUUCGCGUCUUCAUGGACAACGAAGAGAUCCGAAAAGGCGAAAAGGUUGGAGAAGAGCUUUGGCGUGCGAUCGACGACUCCAGAAUUUACGUUCCCAUCUUCUCCAGAGACUAUGCAUCGAGUGCGUGGUGUCUUCGCGAACUCGCCUACAUGGUGGAAUGCUCGAGAAGAUCAACGGAGAAAGUGAUUGUUCCCAUUUUCCUUGAUGUUGAUCCUCGCGAUGUUAAGCUCAGAACUGAAUUAUACAGUGAUGCCUUGAAAAAGCAUGAGGACAGGUUGGGCUACGAUAAAGUGCAACCAUGGAAGGAGGCUCUAACAGAGGUCGCUUCAAUCGGUGGAUGGGACUGCAGAGGUGAAAGGCAAGGAGAACUUGUAAAACUUAUUACCGAUGAGGUUUCAAUGAGACUGGCGAAAAGAGUUCGAGUAGUGCCCGAUCUUUUGGUUGGUAUCGAUCAUCAAGUGCAAAGCGUGAUGUAUAUGUUAGGCAAAGACUCUCUUGAUGUACGGUUUGUCGUAAUACACGGAAUGGGUGGAAUCGGUAAGACAACUCUUGCCAACUUUGUUUUCAACCAAAUCGCUUCUCAAUUUGAUGGUUGCAGCUUCCUAUCAGAUAUUCGAGAAUUAUCACAGCGGGGUAAAAUUGUGAAAUUGCAAAAAAGAUUAUUGUCUGACAUCCUCAAUUCCAAAUCCCUAGAGGUUCCCGAUACUGACUUUGGGAUCAACAUGAUUAGAGGGAGAUGUCGCCACAAGAAAGUUCUUAUUGUUCUUGAUAAUUUGGACAAAAGGGACCAGCUUGUGAUGCUUGCAGAAAAGUGCGAUUGGUUCGGUCCGGGAAGCAGAAUCAUUGUGACAACUAGGGAUAGCAGUAUUUUCACGAAUAAUGCCUCAAUGCAUCCUAAAGAGUAUCACUUCUACGAGAUGGAGGAGAUGCAUCAGUCUUUUGCCAUUCAACUUUUCAGUAGGCAUGCAUUUAAGAGCGAUGCUCCUCCACGUGAAUAUGAUAAAAUAACAGGAGAAAUUGUGAAAUUCACUGGUGGACUGCCGCUAUCUCUUAAGGUCAUCGGAUCCUCACUUUGCCGGAAAAUAGAUGAAGUAUGGCAUGAAGUAUUAGCCAAGCUGAAGAAAACGCCUCACAAAGAAGUUCGGGAGGUAUUGGAGGUAAGUUAUGGCAUGUUGGAUUAUGAGCAGAAAGAAAUUUUCCUUGACAUUGCAUGUCACAUGGCUGGUGAACGAAUAGGCGACGCAAUUGCUAUGUGGAGGGCUUGUCAAUUUUAUCCAAAUGUAAACAUCCCAGUUCUUAUUAGUAAUUCUCUAAUGAAAAUGGAGAAUAACCACAUUUGGAUGCAUGACCAACUCGGAGAUUUAGGGAGGGAACUUGUUCGUAGCGAGAGCUUCAAGCAUCCCGGAGAGCGUAGUAGAAUAUGGUGUACCACUGUAGCCAUGGAUGUUAUUCGAAAGAAACAGGGAACCAAAGAAAUAGUAGCACUCAAACUAGGGGGACAAUCUCAAGUGUGCAAUAUUUCAAGUGAAGACAUUUCAAGGCUGGUAAAUUUAAGGUUCCUUGAAUUGGAUGGAGGGAACUUUGUAGGGGACUUCCAAAAUUUCCUCUUGGAGCUAAAAUGGCUCUCUUGGCAAAAUUGUCCUUCAGAGUUCCAAGCUACAAACUUUUCUCCUAGCUAUCUAGUUGUCCUCAAAAUUUCAAAAUCUGAUAUUACAAAUGAUUGGGGUGGAUGGAGCCAAAUCAUGGGAGAAGGUAGGUUAAAAGCUCUGCACCUUGUGAGUUGUAGAAGGUUGAUCAAGACGCCUAGCUUCUCUACAUGCUCGACUUUGGAGAGACUCGUUGUGAAGGAUUGUGGAAGGCUGGUUGAAAUUGACCCAUCCAUUAGGAUGCUGCUGCAUUUGAAGCACUUGGAAAUUAAUGCGUGUAGUGGUUUGUGGGUGCUUAAAGGAGCUCCAACCAUGCUCAAUCUGGGCACGCUCUAUAAAACAAACGACAUCCUCUCCAGGAAUCGUGCUGAUCAGACUAGGAGAAUCGUACCUACUAGAAGUAGUUCAACUCAGCAAAUGGCGUUGGUGACGAUGAAGAGGAAAAGGGACUCGGACGCAGCAACGUCCUCGUCGAAGAGUGGAGGUAACGAGUCACUGGGAGCUGAAUUCGACGUGUUCUUGAGUUUUAGAGGGCCGGACACUCGCCUUAAUUUUACCGAUCACCUCUAUCACUCCUUGAAUGGAGCUGGAAUUCGCGUCUUCAUAGACAACGAAGAGAUCCGAAAAGGCGAAAUGGUUGGAGAAGAGCUUUGGCAUGCGAUCGACGACUCCAGAAUUUACGUUCCCAUCUUCUCCAGAGACUAUGCAUCGAGUGCGUGGUGUCUUCGCGAACUCGCCUACAUGGUGGAAUGCUCGAGAAGAUCAACGGAGAAAGUGAUUGUUCCCAUUUUCCUUGAUGUUGAUCCUCGCGAUGUUAAGCUCAGAACUGAAUUAUACAGUGAUGCCUUGAAAAAGCAUGAGGACAGGUUGGGCUACGAUAAAGUGCAACCAUGGAAGGAGGCUCUAACAGAGGUCGCUUCAAUCGGUGGAUGGGACUGCAGAGGUGAAAGGCAAGGAGAACUUAUAAAACUUAUUACCGAUGAGGUUUCAAUGAGACUGGCGAAAAGAGUUCGAGUAGUGCCUGAUCUUUUGGUUGGUAUUGAUCAUCAAGUGCAAAACGUGAUGUAUAUGUUAGGCAAAGACUCUCUUGAUGUACGGUUUGUCGUAAUACAAGGAAUGGGUGGAAUCGAGGUUCCCGAUACUGACUUUGGGAUCAACAUGAUUAGAGGGAGAUGUCGCCACAAGAAAGUUCUUAUUGUUCUUGAUAAUUUGGACAAAAGGGACCAGCUUGUGAUGCUUGCAGAAAAGUGCGAUUGGUUCGGUCCGGGAAGCAGAAUCAUAGUGACAACUAGGGACAGCAGUAUUUUCACGAAUAAUGCCUCAAUACAUCCUAAAGAGUAUUGCUUCUACGAAAUGGAGGAGAUGUAUCAUUCUUUUGCCAUUCAACUUUUCAGUAGGCAUGCAUUUAAGAGCGAUGCUCCUCCACGUGAAUAUGAUAAAAUAACAUGA